GUUUGAUGUCGAAUUCAAUAAGGAUUAGAUCAGAUGGAAACAGAUCAGUUGGAUUCACACAGUUAACAUCAGUGAUGAGCUCCGGGACAUUACAUAAAACACAGUCUAGUUUAUUUCCACGCAGAUGUGUCGGACCAUCAAUAUUUUCAUAAAGGAACUGAUCUGCAAUAAUAUCACAAAAAAAUUCUUCUUUGAAACCAGCCUGCGAGGUGGGGGAAGGAAAGUCACAUAUUAUUAGCACUGAUGAAGAUCCGGGCUUACGGAUCGAAAGCUUUGCAGUAAUAUAUUUACGUGUUGUUUCCACAAACAAAACAAUUAUAUGUUUUAUCGCCAUGCAAACAUACAAAGAAUUUAUUAAGGUGCAUUUUGUUUUAAUUACAACAAAGACGCCAUGUUUACAUAAAUGUCGACCCACUGAGUUGGGAUAUUAAGUGGGAUAAGAACAGUCAUAUGAACACAGAAAUUAUUCAUCCCACUCAUGCAGGUGUAGCCUGUAACUCGGGUGAGCGUCCCAGCAAACGAGACUCAUAAACAGGCAGAGCUAUCUGUAGCAAUCAGUUCCAACUGUUAUGUAACUCAAUGUUCUAUGUAUGAUCAUUUCAGAUAAUAUAUAUUGUUUAGUGGUCUGGUGUAGGCUGCAAUUAUGGCAGCGUACAAAUGGCUAAUGUAAUACCAAGCCCCCUAACUCGAAUAGUUACUGUUUCGAAAUACAGAAAGAUGUUGCAUGUCAUGAGUUAUCCAAGCUGGCGAAAUAAUGGUACAAACAAGCGUUAUUUAUUGCUAACUUUGUCCAUGCUGCACUUUAUACAGGGUGGUGUAAUUAAUGGCAGUAUGCUAGCGCUUGAAUUAAUGGGGAGAGAUUAUGGAGGAAAUGGUGGUGUCAUCAUAAACACGGGUUCAGAUACAGGUAUAUUUCUUAAACCCAGUUUUGUUUCGGUUUCCUUAAGGUGGCUUCCUACGGGAAGUUGUUUCUGAGUUUUAUCAUCAAUGAAAGCGCCAGUUUUUUAUUAUAAUCCUAAACUUUUCAAAAUUCGGACAGUACGUAUGUUGUUAGCUAGUUCUUAACCUAUCAUUCAAUGUGUUUUUACGUAUUUUUAAUACAUUCAGUACUGUAUUUUAUAAUGCUCACAAUUUUCAACAACAGUGUCGCGGACUGAAAUAACAUUUAAUACUGUCUUCAAGACACUCCUUAUAAACUGUCACUGAAACUUACGUAUAAGUCCUGUCAUUCAAAUCAAUUUAAUUCAAUUCACAUGUAUUGAUUUACUGGUAAAUCUAAUAAAACUACAGUGCAGAGAGUUACGAGUUGUUUUAUACGAAAAGUCAAACUCUAGUUGAAUCUUUUGACUACAACAAACUCACAACAAAACUAAAUUUUAAAAACAUUGAAUUAAUUCAUUGCGUUAUUGUGUUCUCAAUUUUUCGUAUUUGGAAUAUAUAUCUUUUAUUUUCGUCUCAAGUAAGUAAAACAUAUGUGUGACACAUGUAAGCUACAAACGCAAAGCGAUAGUGAUUAUGUCGAAUCGAUAUUUUGUCACGUCAGCAGCUUCAACUGGAUUUUAGGGCUAUUCUUCUCGCGUUUCCUGCGGUGAAAUUUUGUUAAACUUUGCACAUUUGUUGCAUGUAAGCUGCUUGACGAUUAGUAAAACAUCAAAAUUUCAAGAAAUUCUACAAGACAGAUUUUCUGUAGUCGUUAUUCAUUAGUAUCUCGAAAACUGUCUUGUAAACCUCACUUCAAAUUGUAAUAUGUGUUAUUCCCCUAUCAACGAUAAAUCUUAAAGAAAACUUCAGAAAAAGUGCAAACAAUAAAAGUGCAAAAAUGAAACGUCAUGGUUGCCAUGACAACACUAACACUGUUCCUAUUUGUUUAUAUACCGACAGCACAAGAAUUCUGAACUUUCCUGGAAAUGAUCAUAUUGCCCUGUCUUAAAUGUAUUCAAUAUAAAUUUGGUUGAAAACGAUCGAAGGUUAUACGUAAUACGUAAAAUUUUAGAGAACUGUUGGGAGCCACCUUAAAAGAGGAUCUUGAGGCUUGCGCGUUCGUAUUUGGUUUACAUUCCUCUAAAUUGAACGGCCAUAUUUUGCAGAGAAAGUUUCAAUAUUGGAGAAGUUACGACGUAGAUACGAUAAAAUUGCGUCGUAGUUGUUUAUUUAUAUCAAAUACCGUCUAGGAAAAGACAUUUCUCAACUUAGGCGGCCUGGACCUGCAGGCCAAGUGGCGAUAAUAUUAUACAUAGUACCCUCCUAUUGCAAAUAUAGGGAUGGCAAACCUAUAUGCAUGCGUAUCUUUUAGAUUCGCCAUCUUUUGAAGACAAAUUCUAUGAUUAUUAUGCCCUGCAUAAUAAUCAUAGAUGGGUCAGUAUACUACAGUUUUAGAGUAUUUAAUCUUUUCAGGUAUAAAAGCAUAUAUGUCGAUGAUUCCUAUUUACUCUUCUACAAAGGCUGCUGUCGUUCAUUUUUCACGAUGUAUUGCACAGGUUUGUG